ACUGUACACACGCACAGAAUAGGAGAUUUAUUGAAGGUCCGGGUGACGAGUUAACGAAACCCACAAAACGAGAUUUUUAACCAUUCAACCUCGAGCGGUUCCGAAUAAACGAGUUGAAUUUCCGGAAGUUGGUUUCCUUUCGUUGCGAAAGCAACAGUUGUUUAAAAAUCUCGUUUUCCGGAUCGAUUGGAGAUGUCACGAAGAGAUCGAUCAAGAGAUGCAGCACAGGGAAACGGUCUGCAGCAGUCCUGCCCGCUGUGCCACUUGCCAGAUUCCGACGAAAUGGUCAGCUGUGACGACUGUGAGCGUUGGUAUCACUUCGGCUGCGUCGGAGUGAACGAAGAUGUAGCCAAUCAUGAUUGGAGCUGCCAGGAAUGCAUCAAUGCCAGAGUUCCUGCUCCACAAUCGCCGCAUCCGAGAACUUCCACAGAUGAGCCAUUACCACACCUUCAGUCAGCAUUACCAGCCCCUCGUCAUCCCACGCCACCAACGUCGAUCAUGCCAGUGCCUUCACCACGUCUUCACACUCCACGAACGUCAAAUUUACCACCCACUCCACGCCCACGCACUCCACCAGCUUCGAGUAUGCAACGUGUUGUGCCACCAGUUGCCAGAGAGGUAGCGGUCGAUCCCGAUUUGCUGAACAAGCUUCCUGAUGAGCUUCGUAUCCAGUUGUUAAAAGAAGAAGAAGCCAUCGAGCGAAAGUUUCUGUUACGUAGGUACCAGCUUUUGCUAGAAUCAUCAGUGCAUACAGUUCCAACUGUUCAGGGAACCGACAAUAGAAUAGGUUUAGCGAGUAAUAAUGUUAGAGAUCCUCCUGUUUCUCAUUCGUCACCAAUGAAUGGUCACCGCCGCGAUAUUUUACCGUUUGUUUCAUCUAUGGGGCGAGAGCGUAAUGAGGCAAAUUUCGUUCCACAUUUAAGAGAACAACUAACGUAUAUUCCACCAUCAAUCAAUAAUUGUACUAAUUUUUCGGCGAUUGAUCCUCCUCGAACAAACAAACGGUCGUAUAUUCCGACAUCUAAUCCACCACCAGCCUUUCACCGACCGAAUGCAACGUGCUUUCCGCCGCCUCGUGUCGAUCUGCCUCCGCAUAUUCCGUCGUCCUCUAUACCGAAUAAUUAUAUGCGCCCGAAUGCAUCCGCAUUUGCACCAUAUGCUGGCCCUCCGCGUCAUACUGCUCAAGGAUAUUACCCGUUCGAUUCUCACGACAUUCCCUCCGCCAUAGGAGGAACGGCGCUGCUAAAUAGAAGCCAAAUCGCCGCACGUCAUGCAGUCGCUAGGGACUUACCAAUAUUCAGCGGUGAGCCGGAAGAGUGGCCGCUGUUUUUCGCCACGUAUGAGAACACAACGAACCUGUGUGGAUUUUCGCCCGAGGAGAAUAUGGCCCGUCUACAGAAAUGUCUAAGAGGCAAAGCCUUAGAAGCGGUUAAAUGUCAGCUGUUACAUCCAACUAAUGUGGAACAGGUUCUCUCCACCUUGAGAAUGCUUUUCGGUCGUCCUGAAAUUAUUGUUCAUUCGUUACUCCAGAAGAUAAGUGGUAUUCCAGCACCCAAAGCGGAGCGGCUGGCUACACUUGUCGAUUUUGCGCUAGUCGUUCGCAAUAUGGUAGCUACCGUGAAAGCCUGUGAGUUAGAGGAGCAUCUUUGUAAUUUAACUCUUUUGCACAAUCUGGUUGAACGUCUCCCCCCAAUGAUUCGUUUAAACUGGGCGACCCAUCGUCAGUCUCUACAAUUGGUAACGUUAUCCGACUUUAGCGAUUGGUUGUAUAAGUUGGCAGAAGCAGCAAGUAUGGUAACGAUGCCACCGUUCUCGGCACCCAUCGACAACAAAGUUCGCCGUGGAAGGAAGGAUGAUGGAUACUUGAAUGCGCAUAUCGAAUCAGUUCCUAAAUCCAAACAAUAUGAAGUAACAAGAAAUCGAUGUAUCAUCUGCAAUGGUAGUUGUGGGGAUGUAGAAACAUGUAAGCGUUUCCUUUCGAUGAAUCUAUCUGCCCGUUGGGAUGCACUCCGGGAACACAAAUUAUGUCGUAGUUGUCUGGGGAGUCAUCGUGGUCCAUGUAAAACCGGAAAGUCAUGUGGGAAGAAUGGCUGCGAGUACAAGCACCAUCAGCUUAUGCAUAACGAUGCCAAGAAUAAGUCGAUACCAUCAACCUCGUCGCAUUUUAAAGGGAGAACUCAAGUUCCACAAGACGCUGUUGCUGGUCGUUCCCAGGAAACUAAUUCAUGUAACACUCAUCGUGAAGGAUGCGAAGCUGUUAUAUUCCAGUACGUUCCUGUUACGUUGUACAACAACAAUGUCGAGUUGCGCACAUAUGCCUUUUUAGACAGUGGAUCCUCUCUCACACUGAUGGAGGAAGGUUUGGCAAAGGAGCUGAAUUUGGAAGGCGAAAAGCACCCAUUAUGUUUACGCUGGACGGCUGACACUUGUCGGUACGAGAAUAAUGCUAUGCGUGUUUCCUUCGACAUUUCCGGUACGCGCGGUGGAAGUCCCAAAUGCAAUUAGACGGAUGUUUACACCGUUAAGGAACUGAAGCUUCCGUCACAAUC